CCUGUUAACGCUCUUGGUAUACCUGCGUGCUCUAUGAUCAAAUUAGCCGAUGAUGGAAGUCCGUGCAUGCAUUGAGCACUUUCAUAUUUCUGCUACUGGCUGUAGUUUUAGUUGUCAACGUAACUUGUCGCAUUUCCAUCGGUGGUAGGCAACAUUUUAACGGGAAAGGUAACGCAAGGACCAAUGGACCACGGAAAGAAUUGAAGAGAAAUGGAUGAACAAAUAGAAAGCAUACGUGCGGCCGCUGCUGCUAUUCCAAAGGGUCCGCUAAAGACGGAAGAAAUAUCUCAAAGUAGCCCCGAAAAUGAACCAAGCGAGCGAAGCGACGGCACCACGUCACCCCCGCCUAAUUGCAGCAUUUGCUUGGGCAAGCUCAUCAACAAAUCUUUCACCGACAGCUGUUUGCAUCAGUUUUGUUUCAGCUGCUUGUUGGAGUGGUCGAAAAUAAAAACAGAAUGCCCUCUGUGUAAACAGACGUUCAAAUCCAUAAUACAUAAUGUUAGAUCCGAAGGAGACUACGAUCAAUAUCAUGUUCCCCGUCAGUUUGUCUCACUGUCUGCAUCACAGAUGGCUGCAACAGUGGAUGUUCAUUUUGAUCUGGUCAGCAGUAUGAAUGUACCAAGGGAAGCACGUGGAUUUAGCUACCGUACAACAAUGACACCUAAUCAUCGAUACCGGAAUAUCUUGAAUCCUGAACAAGUUAUGAGGAAUGAACAAGUACCCGCUGUCACAUCACUAGUUUCUAGAGCGGAACGGAGACUGCGACGUACCAAUCCUAUCGACUAUCGGCGCAAUGUGUAUCGUUUUGGACAUUGGGCGACAUCUCUACCCGACAUAUUUGGAAACUUCAGGGAAUGCAGUGCUGAAUACUAUCGGCGAAACCCAAACCAAUUAAAUCGACUGAUUCCUUGGUUGAAUCGUGAACUACAAGUAUUACUUAACAACAAUGCUCCACAAAUAAGUUACGUGAUGCGUGUUAUCAUGGAAUCUAUCACUCGGUACGACUUGAGAAGUUCCGACUUUCGAGACACAGUUCGUCCCUACUUUGCCAUGCACACCGAGCACUUUGUCCAUGAACUACUCAACUACGCGCAGACCAGUUUUGAUGUGAUUGGUUACGAUCAAUAUGUUACCUAUGUUUCAAAUCGUGGUUUGUCCAACGAAUAUGUCCCUGUCGUAUCAUCACCCAGUUCUAGUAGCAGCAGCAUAUCUAAUGAUUCAGAUGUUCAAGUUGUUGAAGAAACUAUCGAUGCGAGUCGGAUCAAUAUUGAGAUGCCCGGAAUAGGACCGCAUACGGUCGAGAUGCCUGGUCCCAGUACAGUAGCUGAAGCAUUCCGUGAAACGACACAAACAUCUAAUAUUGUACUGACAAUUUCGUCAAGCUCAUCAGGAAUAUCAGAUAAUGAAUGUGAAGUUGUGGGAUAUGUGAAGCCCAGACACGAAAGAACACCAGAAGUCAUCGAUUUAUUAUCGUCGGAUGCUGAUACAGUAAAUGUGCCUGAUGCUCCCAAUUUAGAUUAUACCGAGCAUACUAGACACAACUGUCAAGUCGUGACAAAACAACAUCCGAUUUUUGAAGAUUCUAUAGAUCGGUCUCUUUUUGAUUCUCCAAGUGUAUCAACCUUCAGCGAAGUUAACGAGGCUACUACUUCAACGGAUAGAAAGGGAAGCUCAAUCCGAAAUACCCUGGCAUCCAUGAAACGAUUUUCUCACACAACGACGUCGGAGAGUGAUGAUCUAGAUUCAAAUCGGGAUUGUACUCCCUACAGCAGUAGCAAAUCAAAGAACAAGUCAAAGAAGUCAAUCAUUGCCACAACUCCUGCGCAUCAUCAAAAGUACAAGCGUGGUACUAAAAUGUUUGUUCGAAUAAGGCGUCGUAUUAAAGCAGUAAUUUCAAGUAGCAGCGAAUCUGAAGGCCGGAGCGUACAAGGAAUAUUCAAACCCAUGUCAACAACACCGGAAAGUGACAAGAGAGAAUGUUCUUCAAGUUGGAGUGAUUCUAGUCCGGACCGGCACAAAAAACGACAGAAAACAAAAGGUAAAUCCAAAUUAUUGAAAUCGGCAAUAUCCAAUAUGAUUACAAUUCGUAAAGACUUAGUUAAAAAGGAAGAAUGGUGCAGCGAAGAUUGUGCAGAAAGUGAUGCCUCUCAACGAAGCACCAGUAUUUCCAAACAUAGAUCUUGCCGAAAUAAAAAAUAUGGAUCGAAGAGAUAUCGUUCGAUCAAGGAUUCAGAUUCCGAGCGAGAAGUAAAGAAACGUGAAAGCGACGACCAUAAUUCUUUUGAAGACAAUGGGAUGUCAAGUAAAAAACAAACGGAAGCUAAUUUGAAAGUUGACUAUAGCACGACAGAUUCUGAGAGGAAUGUGUUGAAUGGUCGCUCGAGUAGCUAUUGUAGCGCACGGUCAAGUAAACCAUAUGUUGCUAAGAAAAAAUCAAAACACAAGGAUAGACGAAAAGAAAAGGAAAGUCGCAAAACCGACGGCAGGACGGUUGCUGCUACUGUCACAGAUUCAUUCCAGGCCGAUGAUGAUUGCACGCCAAGUGUUUCAACGGCAUCCGUAACGUCAUCCGUUAGAAGUGACACACUUCUUUCAUCUAGAUAUGCCAGUUGUAAAAAACGUUCGAGUUCUAAGGAGAGACGUAAAUCCCACAGAAAAUACAAGGAGUCCAGAAAGUCUCAUAAACGAUCUAAGAGCGAAUCGAAAUCAAGGUCCAAGAAAAAGAAGCGCCGUAUCAGAUCGUCCUCCAGCUCUAACUCAGAAUGAAAAUGUAUUAAAAACUUUGCCCAUUAACGCUCAGGUCUCUGUCUGUGCGCGGCAAGAUUUAACUCUCAUAAAUCAUCUCUAGAUGAAAUAUCUUGUUGAUAAUAAUUCCCAAUGCUAGCGUGCGCUAGCAAAAAUAGGAUCUGCAUAAUUCGUAGAUAUACGUUAUGGAAAUGAUUGAUUGAAGGGUGAUCAUAGAAUACAGAAAUCACGAGAGUAAUUGAACGUUUUUUACACGUAUGUUUUAUUUUUAUUAAAA